GUAAAAAUAUAGCAUCAUAUUAGUAAACAGUAAAAAAAGCAUUUAGAAAUUGUUCAGUUACAGUAUGUAGAAUGUAAAGGCAAUAGAAAGUUGUGUAUUCUUGAAACAAGGAGAAAAACAUUAUCUCUGAAAAGUUUUUGUAAUCAUGUUUCAUAUCAUGUCUUCCAGUGUUCAGCCAAAGCCUGGUGCUCAGUAUGCAAUAGCGAUCCGUCUCACAAAGAACCAGUGCACAGAUGAAAAGUUUUCUAUAACGUCUGUGUUCAGCAAAGCAGAUGCUCAAAUAGUAAAAGAAACAAUUAGGAACGGCCAAACAUGUGACGUCUGUACAAGCCCAAAGAAUGUAAUUGCUGCAAGGCCACAAUCAGAAGAUCCCAAUGACCAUUCUGAGUAUCGUCUGCUGUAUCCUGUGGGUAAAUCUCCUAUGGACAACCUUUUAAAAAAUGUAGAUAAAAAUAGCUGUGUGGUUUUCUAUACUUACAACUCACCAUGUGUGAAAGAAUGCAUUAAUGGUCAGAAGAAUAUUUUGGAGGGCCUUUCAAAUUGGAAAAAAGGGGGGGAAGGAAAGGUGAAAAUAAAUGCUUUUGUCUUUCGAAACAUUUGGAAAAAGGAUUUGACAAACGAUCUACCAAAAGAAUUCCAAAAGAUUGAUGUGAUAGUGCCCCUUUAUCAAUGUCCUGAAGCUGAACAAAUGAACUGUUUUAAAAGUCGGGGUCAACAAACAACCAAUUACUGCAUGACUGUCCAAGAUAAGACAUUUUUACUAAACUACUUAUACUAUAAGCUCUGAACUGAUUUUGAAUGUCUUUGCUUCUCUGAUCAGUAUGCUUUUAU